GAGCGACUCCGUUUCCGGUGAAGGAUUUGCAAAGCAGAAGUCACUCGAAAAGGAUUAGCUAGCUUGCUAGCAGCUGAAACCUCUUUAGAUGUUGGAAUUUGCGGUAAAUGCACCAUUCGGGACACCGCUGACACUUUGAGAGUACCGGGGCCGAAAGCACAGCUGUUGCCAUGGCGAUCCUGUUCGCUGUGGUGGCUCGUGGAACCACGAUCCUGGCCAAGCACGCCUGGUGCGGCGGAAACUUCCUGGAAGUCACGGAGCAGAUUUUAGCCAAAAUCCCCUCUGAAAACAACAAACUGACCUACAGCCACGGCAGCUACCUGUUUCAUUACAUCUGCCAUGACAGGAUCAUAUACUUGUGCAUCACUGAUGACGACUUUGAGAGGUCGCGUGCGUUCAGCUUCCUCAGUGAAGUCAAGAAGCGCUUCCAGACGACAUAUGGCUCACGAGCACAAACCGCCCUACCGUACGCCAUGAACAGUGAGUUCUCCUCCACACUGGCGGCUCAGAUGAAGCACCACUCAGACCCGCGGGGAUCAGACCGUGUUACUGAAACUCAGAUGCAAGUGGAUGACCUGAAGGGCAUCAUGGUCCGCAACAUAGAUUUGGUAGCUCAAAGAGGAGAGAAGCUGGAGCUGCUGAUUGACAAGACAGAAAAUCUGGUUGAUUCUUCGGUCACAUUUAAGACGACUAGUCGCAACCUCGCACGAGCCAUGUGCAUGAAGAACCUGAAGCUGACUGUUGUCAUUGUGCUGGUGUGCCUGGUGGUCCUGUACAUCAUCGUCUCUGCAGCCUGCGGAGGACUCAGCUGGCCAUCAUGUGUCCGUUAAUGAGACGAGAGCGGUGACGAAAGGGGAAAACGAAAGGGACGGAGAGAGGAGGAGAAGUGCCUGUUCGCCUCUGCUUGCCAAUGGACACAAAUGGAGAUCCAGAUUUUCUUUGCUUUACUCCCAAAGCUUCAGCAUCCCUUGAAGUUACAUGCUUUUCUCCUCCUCCUCCUCCUCCUGCCUCCUUCGUCACCCUCUACUUCGAGUGUGUGCAGUUAUUUGCCUUCUGGACUGGGAGUCCCACCUCACACACACACUAAUGGACAGCAGCCAUGUGGCCUAAAACUGAUGUUGAAAUUAAUCAUGUCUCCUGUCGUUCUGGUACAUUCAUCCUGUCCCAUGCACUUAGUGGCCUGAUGUAUCAGUUUGUGAUUCUGUCCUGCACCGAUCUGUAUAAUCCAUUCAUUCAGAAUGGAUCACAGAGAUAGCAGAGUUUGAUUUGUUUUCGUCCUGGUUUACCUUUGGUGUCAUGGGAGGCGUAUGGGACCUGCAAGUGUAGCUCGCAUGUUGUGUUGUAGACCCAUCAGGAAGGACUCACGCAGUGCGGUGUGUUGUCCUCUGCUAUACAACCGAAAACCUGUUUGUGACUAAACUGAUGCAUAUGGUUUAUUGCUCAGUACAGCAGUAUCUUCUAAGAUGGAGCUUGUAUAAUAUCACAUGUGAUCAUGCAAAUAAAUAUUGUACAUUCGAUCAAUAUAACUGAUAGAUAUGGUUCUUUGGAAGCAAAUUGGAUUUUUAAGAAACUCUUAUCACUUUUACCUCUCUUAAGAUGUUUAGUGUGCCCAUAAGUUCUAUUGUCUUAACACAAUGCACUUUUUAUAUUGUACAGACUUGCUUCCUCAUUUGGCUUAUGGUCAUGUAAUUAUUUAAUUAUUGUACAUGCAGAUUCAAAUAAAUAAAAUUAAAG